AUGUCACGCAAAUUAAAUCCUUCGUUCAGCAGAUUUAAUCCUUUUGACAUUGGUGGUAUCAAAGACGACAAAACUCGUGAAGAAGUCAUUCUCAAAUUUGUUCACUCAUACGAGGAAUGUAUCAAUAUAACACAACGUGAGCAAAAGACGACUGAACUCUGUCAGAAGUGUUUCAGUCAAAUAAAAAUCAGCCAACUAGUACCUUUUGAUGGGUGCGGUCAUGUCCUCUGUCGUUCUUGUAUGAUAAAACACAUAGCAGAACAAAUAGAAGGUCCCAAUCCGUAUAUCCAGUGUUUCUUCCAGGAAUGCAACAACACUUUGAACAACAGUGCAAAACUUCUUCAUGAUGGGCUGAUCACACAGAAGCAGCGCGAUGUGAUGGAAGAGAAGAUGGUAGGGAAGUACUUGAAAGACCACGGCUUCUCGACAUGUCCUCACUGCAACAACCCGAUACCUGGAAACACACAAGGCAACAACAACAUCAAGAGGACGUGCGCGUACUGUGGUAACAAAUUUUGUUAUAAUUGCAGAGAAAAGACGUGGCACGAGGAAUUCACAUGUGCGCAGUACAAAUCAUAUAAGAACAUGGCAGCUUGGCUGCGAACACUUUACGAAAAUGGGAUGGAGUUCAUUCGUAACACACCAAACUGCCCUGAAAUAUCGCAGAACUCGAUCAUCCAGUUCAACACACAACUUCUGAAGAACUGCAAUGCAAUGACAAGAUUCUCUAAAAUGGUGUCGCUUAACAAUUUUGAUGUGAACAACGGCUUUUUCACGUGGCAUGGAAGUCCUGAAAAUGGGGUACAGGGCAUUUGUAACGAGGGGUUUGACCCACACAGAAGGUCAGGACAGGCGUACGGUACGGGCGAGUAUUUUGGAAUCCAACCACAGACAUCAUUUAGUUAUUGCCAAAAUGGAAGUCAUUUGAUACUGACUUAUGUGCUAAAUGGUAAUCAAGUCAGAACACAACCAGGAUUUUGUUAUAUUAUAAAUAACCCAAUCGAUUGGAACACGUCUUAUUGUCUUCCACUGUUUGUAAUCAGUUUCAGAAACCACGCGGCUGUGAGUUGGUUGCCUGAAAAUACACACUGUUUUGAGAAAGAGGCGUAA